AUGUCAGCUUAUUUAAUGACAGCAAGUGGUCUAAUUAUUGACGAAAGAGACAUCUUCUCAUGGAGAAUACCAUUGGCCUUUGCUGGUUUCCUUGCUCAAAACCACCAGCAAGAAGCCUUAGCCUCAGAGAAAGUUAAAAUGAGUUCAGCAAGUAAAGCUUGGUUGGUCGCAGCUGCUAUUGGAGGUGUUGAGGCAUUGAAAGACCAAGGGUUCUGUAGAUGGAAUUACACCUUGAGAUCACUACACCAACAUGCCAGGAACCAUGUCAGAUCCGUGUCUCAGGCAAAGAACCUUUCUUCUUCAUCUUCUGCCAUGAUUUCAAAUAAAGUUAAGGAAGAGAAGGCGAAACAGUCCGAGGAGUCUCUAAGAAAAGUCAUGUAUUUGAGUUGUUGGGGUCCAAACUGA